AUGACAAUUACCGACCUUCAUUAUCAAACGCGUCCCGUGUCGCUGCCCAAUACCGCGAAAAAGGGCCUGCGCCAGCCUCCACUGCCAUGUCCGACUCGGGGAACACGUCCUCAACAGGGCCUUGUCAUUGUAGAUUCCUAUACAUUCUUGUCAAAUUAUAUCACGUACGCAAACAUCACUUACCAUUGGGCCACUAACUGCCCGUUGCUCUCCGCGUAUGCAACGAAAGGGUCAUCGGGCGUGUCUGCAACAAACAGACCAACAGCGCCGGCCUUGUACGUGGCCGAGAAGAGCAGCUCCCCAUAUCAGAUGGCCCUCUCGUGUCGACGCAUAUUCUCGUUAACGGUCUUUCAACAUUCCAUCAUAUUGGCACUUCCAUCGUUGGCGGCGCACGAUUCAGCCUUGACGUGA